UUUUUCCCCCUCUGGAGGGGGAUUGCCCUCAAGAACAGUAUAAAUAUCAGUCCCCAUCAGUGUAGACUCAGCUCACUCCUGUCUUGUCUAAGUUUGCACAUCACAGGGAGAGACACAGAGACAGAGAGAGAGAGUGGGGACGGGAACCAGUCAGUGGAGAGUCAGUCCCCGACAUACACACAGAGAUAGGAAGAGGGAAAAUGUUCCGACUCUUCACAAGAGUAAGCCGCUUAGUGUGUACAAAAAAGGGGAGCGCGAGGCCGGUCACAGGGAGGGCUUACACACGGGUAAUUUGCACGGCUUUCCUGCAGCCCAUGGGCAACAUCUCACACUCGUCUGCUAAGAGCUUCUCCAACAUGCCUGGCUCAGUCCCCCCCUGUGCCCAGUCGGGCUGGCCUAAGGAUGUUGGGAUCAUUGCGAUGGAGAUCUACUUCCCGGCUCAGUACGUGGACCAGACGGAGUUGGAGCAGUACGAUGGGGUAGACGCGGGCAAGUACACCAUCGGCCUGGGCCAGUCCAAGAUGGGCUUCUGCUCUGACCGGGAGGACAUCAACUCUCUGUGCCUGACGGUGGUGGAGCGACUGCUGGAGAGAAACCAGAUCCCCUAUGAGAGCGUGGGGCGGCUGGAGGUGGGCACAGAGACCAUUAUCGACAAGUCCAAGGCUGUCAAGACCGUGCUCAUGCAGCUCUUCCAGGAGUCGGGCAACUCUGACGUGGAGGGCAUCGAUACCACCAACGCCUGCUAUGGGGGCACCGCAGCCCUCUUCAAUGCCGUCAACUGGGUGGAGUCCAGCUCCUGGGAUGGUCGUUACGCGCUGGUUGUCGCUGGUGAUAUUGCUGUUUAUGCCUCCGGGAGUGCGCCCACGGGGGGAGCAGGGGCCGUGGCCAUGCUGGUGGGGCCCAAUGCCCCCUUAUCCCUCGAGAGAGGUCUGCGUGGGACCCACAUGCAACAUGCCUAUGAUUUCUACAAGCCAGACAUGGUGUCUGAGUACCCUGUGGUGGACGGGAAGCUGUCCAUCGAGUGCUAUCUGAGCGCCCUCGAUCACUGCUACACACGGUACCGCAACAAGGAGCAGGCGCUGAGACAGAAAGAGGGCAGUGACACGAGGAUCACCCUGCAGGACUUUGCCUAUGUUGUGUUCCACACACCGUACUGCAAACUGGUACAGAAAUCCCUGGCCAGGCUCCUGCUCAACGACUUCCUCAGUGACCCCAACCCCAACACCCAGAGCGGCCUGUACUCUGGCCUUGAGACCUUCAGGGAGGUGAAGCUGGAGGAAAGUUACUUUGACAAAGACGUGGAGAAAGCCUUCCUGAAAGCCAGCUCCGAGCUGUUCCACCAGAAAACCAAACCCUCCCUCACCCUCUCCAACCAGAACGGCAACAUGUACACCCCCUCCGUGUACGGCUGUCUGUCUGCCGUGCUCGCCCAACGCACAGCCCAGGAGCUGUCAGGGCAGCGGAUUGGGCUCUUCUCUUACGGCUCUGGCUUUGCGGCCACACUGUUCUCCCUGCGGGUCAGCUCUGACCCCUCUCCGGGCUCGAGACUCGACAAGAUAGUCAGCAGCCUGGCCGACCUGCAGGCUCGCCUCGACUCCCGGCAUCGCAUCCAACCCGAGGCCUUCGCCAGCAGCAUGAAAGUGCGGGAGGAGACACACCACCUCGCCAACUACACACCUCAGAGCCCUGUGGAGGACCUGUUCCCUGGGACGUGGUACCUGACACAGGUGGACGAGAAGCAUCGGCGGGAGUACGCACGGCGCCCCCUAGAGGAAGUGGGGAGCUACAAGGCAGGGCUGGCGGGCGUGCACGCUAAUGAGCACGUCCCGAGCCCGGCCAAGAAGAUGCCCAGGAUUCCCGGCUCAGCAUCGGGCACCGCCAGCGUCAGCAACGGGGAGCAUUGAAACCGUCACCCGCACACUGCUGGGGGGAGUGGUGGGGGGGGAGUGGU